AUGGAUGAGGUUUUAGAGAAAUUGAACCUUGGUCGCUUCAUUGAUAAGUUUAAAGAACAAAAGAUCUCAGCCGAUAUGAUAUGCAAGUUGUCGUUGCAAGAGUAUGCAAUGUUGGGUAUAAACGACCGACAAGAUAUUAUGGCACUCCGAAUAGCUUGUUCAACGUAUGGAGAAAAACCACCUACAAAGUUAAAUUCAUUUUGUGGCGCCCCCCAGUUUCUCAUUCCAAAGAGUGUAUUAGAGUGCUGGUUGGACGACGACUUUACCAUUAAAGAGAUAUCGAGGUUGUUGUCUGUUUCAGAGAGUACAAUUUAUCGGAGAAUGCGUGAAUAUGGCCUCAGUAAAUUACAAUUUACGGAUAUCUCGGAUCAUGAUCUUGAUCUCCAGGUGAGUAUUAUCCAGGCUGUCCAGACCUCUCAACUUUGCAGAGAAGUUAUGCACCUAUCAAUGUUUCCCCCCUGAGGGGGGGGGGGUGCGGGCAAAAUUCUCCACUAUAUUUCCUAAGAUAACAAGGCACACAUAUGUUUUCCAAUGCGAACAUACAGUCUAUACUGGUUUAAACUUGGUAAAAAUUGAGACACUGUGUAUAAAAUACCUUUAUCGAUGAAACUUGAUCGUGCUUCUCCGCCAUACUUGUUAACAGGCCUUUAAUGUCAAAACCGCGCAAAUUUUCAAGAUGGCGGAUGUCAAAAUUUCCCGACUCUGGGAGUUUAUGCAUAGGUCAAAUUCCCCUCCCUGGUGCUUCAUAGUGUGGUCAAAGUCCCCUGGGUCGCCCCCCCCCCCUCAGGGGGAAAACAAUGAUAGGUGCAUUAUGAUGUUACUCUUGAGUGUGUAUCCACACUGGGCAAGCUUGAAAAAUUCAAACAGUUCAAAUUGUGAAACGUUUGCUAUCGAAAGCAAAACAAGAUGGAAAAGAUCCGUACCUAAGUUUGUUGGAGUAUCGCAACACACCCAUAGGUAACGUAGCUUCACCAGCACAAAUAUUGAUGAGCCGACGUUUGCGUUCGCACUUACCAACUACCCCAAAUCAACUUCAGCCAAAAGUUGUUGAUCCUGAGAGAAUGAAAGAAAAGUUCGAAGAAAAACAAAGAAAGCAAAAACGAUAUUAUGACAGAGGGUCCACGGAGCUUCCCGCAUUGCAAGAAGGAGAAGCAGUACGAGUACAAGUACAGAAUAAGUGGAAACCAGCAGUGAUCAAAGAGAAACUGAAAACACCUAGAUCGUACAUCAUUCAAACACCCAAUGGUCAACGAUUUAGAAGAAACAGAAAUCAUAUCAGAAAGCAGAAGUAUGGUGUUCAGAUAUCAAGACAGUGGGAACCAAUUGAAGAUUUCCAGUCUGAUGGUGCCAGAGAAGUUCGUGAGGAACAAGUCUCAGAGCCAAGUACUGAACAAUAUUAUAAAACUAGAAGCGGACGAUUGAGUAAGCCACCUGAGAGAUAUCAAGCAUGUUAA